AGGUACCUACAGUUUUCAUGUUAUGAGGCACCCAUUUUCUUACUUUCGAAAGGAAGUAACACCUACCAUCAUUUUUGUUUUCAGAAAAUAAUUAGGUAGUUAAGUGCCAUCGAUACCAAUUCUUAUUUGUGCAAGCACACGCGAAGAAACCACUUUUCAACCGCUUACGGUACGUUUUCCACGUUUAUGUAAAUUGAAAUUAGUUUCUUUGAAGCAUUUAGAAAAUAAAAAGUUAGUUCGCGUGUGGAGACCAUUUUUACAUAUCUUUGAAACGCGACAUGGCGACGUAAAGUCUAUUGUUUUAUUAGAUGUAAGACUGAGUUCAACUUUCUGAAACAUAAUUUUAACGUUUUAACCAUUAGAAGAAAUCCUAUGCUCUCGUGUAAAAACCAGAACACAAAACAUGGAGUACAAAUAUGUAAGUAUGUACCUAGAUAACUUACACGCUCUAGCAAAAAUAAGCUAGGUAAUUAGAUUCUGAACCUCCGAGUAGUGUGGUUACAAGUAAGUAUAAGAGUUUUGCAAACCAUCGAAUAAAUUGAAAGACACAUUGGCAUAACGUUUACCUAAGUACCUACAUUAUUAUUAUUAUAAACUCUAUUCUAUUUACUAUUUCCGUAAAGUAAAGAAACUAAUAAGUAAGUCCUUCUUCGGUAUAUCAUUUGGUAAGUCUAAUUAAAACUAAUGAGAUUUUCAAGAGCAUUUCCAUAUGCAGAUGGCUUGGUUCCCUCCAAAGUACAUGUAGCACAUGUUAGUGCACUCGUAAGUCACCUCGAAACCGUAACUUUCGCCGACAAUCACAUGGAAAGACGGACCGAAUUUCUUGUCCAUUGCCUCCUUGACCAUGCGAGCGGCUAGCUCGUUGUUCUGUGAGUAUUUCUCGCAAGCUGUGACAGCCAACUCAACAGCUUCGGCGCGCAUCUCUUCUGACAUGUCUGAAUGCCUUAUCAGAGGAUACGUGUGUAUCACUUUCUCAGGUGCCGCACCAGGAACACGCACCUCGUCACCCAUUGUAAACAAAACUCACAAAUAUCCAUCAAAACGUGACACAAUCACAUGCAAAAUAAAAUUAUCGAAACACAACACGUCUUUCUGUGGACCGAGCGAUGCAACGUCUCCCCGCUGUUUACCCGUUGCCUUGGAAACCGACGGGAGGCGGGAAGAUUCUGAUUGAUUUUUCUCAACACUGCACUGUGGUACUGUCGAGAGUGGCCAGCCAGUGUCGCUGGUCACUAAGCUACUAAUGGUAGUAAAUAAUAAGCAUCGAACAUGUCCAAG